CCGCGGCAGCUGCGGGGUCGGAACCGCUCUCGGGUGCCGCCGUUCGGGGGAGGGCGGGGUGCUCCCUUCCUCCUCCCUGCCCGCGCCCUGUCUCCUCUCGCCCCGGGGCUAGGGAAGAUGGCUCGCCGCUUUUCGCCCGCGCUGAGCCUGCCGCGAGCGGCCGCCGGCAGCCAUGCCGAGCCAUAAGGAGACGCGGGUGCUGCACCUCAACGAGAUGGAGAAGCUGGACAAGACCCUCUUCAGGCUGGAGCAAGGGUUUGAACUCCAGUUUCGAUUGGGCCCAACUCUUCAAGGCAAGCAUGUUACUGUGUGUACAAACUAUCCAGCUUCUGGAGAAGUAUUUGAUCGCCACAAGUUCAGAACGUUAUCAUGGCACAAUCCCACAGGAAAGGAGGAUGACUCUGACAAAUAUUGCAAGUUAGAUCUCCAAAUUUCUGGGUCCUAUCAGUACUAUUUUAGUCUUGGAAAUGAGAAAAGUGGUGGAGGUUACAUAGUUGUGGAUCCUAUUCUGCGUGUUGGAGCCGAUAACCAUGUGUUGCCUUUGGACUGUGUUACACUCCAGACAUUCCUCGCUAAGUGUCUGGGACCAUUCCAUGAAUGGGAAAAUAGGCUUAAAGUUGCAAAAGAAACAGGUUACAACAUGAUCCAUUUUACACCAUUGCAGAAGCUUGGACUGUCUAGAUCAUGCUAUUCACUGGCUGAUCAGUUAGAAGUUAAUCCUGAAUUUUCAAGCCAUAACAAAAAAUGCACGUGGAAUGAUAUAGGAGCUCUUGUGGAAAAAAUGAAAAAUGAAUGGAAUAUGCUUUGCAUCACAGAUGUAGUCUACAAUCAUACUGCUGCUAACAGUGAGUGGCUCAGGAUGCAUCCAGAAUGUGGCUACAACCUUGUAAAUUCUCCUCACCUGAAGCCAGCCUGGGUCUUAGACAGAGCUCUGUGGCACCUGAGCUGUAUGGUGGCUGAUGGAAGGUGUAUUGAUAAAGGAGUCCCUCCCUUGAUAGAAAAUGAUCAUCACCUGAAUUGUAUCCGUAAAAUCAUUUGGGAAGAUAUAUAUCCAAAAAUUAAACUGUGGGAAUUUUUCCAAGUGGAUGUUAAUAAAGCUGUGCAGCAAUUUAGAACCCUUCUAACUAAAGGCAAAAUAGGCACUAAGUCUGAUCCGAAUCAACAUCUUCAAAUAGUUCAAGACCCUGAUUACAGAAGAUUUGGUUGUACUGUAGAUAUGAACAUAGCACUGGCAACGUUCAUACCACACAGCAACGGACCAGGUGCAAUAGAAGAAUGUUGUAACUGGUUUCGCAAGAGAAUUGAGGAACUGAAUGCUGAGCAAUACAGGCAGAUUCAUCAUCAUCAAGAGCAGGCUGUCAACUGUCUUGCAGGAACGGUGGUAUAUGAACGUCUGGCUGGUCAUGGACCUAAACUAGGCCCUAUUAGUAGAAAAUAUCCUUUAGUUACCAGGUAUUUUACUUAUCCAUUCAAAGACCUGACUGUGGAGGAAGAACAAAGUAUGAUGCAUCAGCCAGAUAAAGCUUGUUAUUUCAUGGCCCAUAACGGAUGGGUUAUGGGUGAUGAUCCUCUUAGAAACUUUGCAGAACCAGGUUCAAAUGUGUACUUGAGAAGAGAGCUUAUUUGCUGGGGAGACAGUGUGAAACUGCGGUAUGGUAACAAACCUGAAGACUGCCCGUACCUCUGGGCACAUAUGAAAAAAUACACUGAAAUCACUGCCAAAUAUUUCCAUGGUGUUCGUCUUGACAACUGUCACUCAACACCUAUUCAUGUAGCUGAGGAGAUGCUAGCUACAGCCAGAUCAGUCAGACCUAAUCUUUAUGUGAUAGCUGAACUCUUCACGGGCAGUGAGUACAUUGACAAUGUUUUUGUCAACCGCCUGGGAAUUACCAGCCUGAUUAGAGAGGCCAUGACAGCUUAUAAUAGCCACGAAGAGGGAAGGCUGGUUUAUCGUUUUGGAGGUGAGCCUGUUGGCUCUUUUGUUCAGCCACGUUUGCGGCCUUUGGUGCCAGGAAUAGCGCAUGCGCUCUUCAUGGAUAUUACACAUGACAAUGAGUGUCCAAUUCAGCACCGAUCUGUGUAUGAUGCACUUCCAAGUGCAAUGAUUGUUUCCAUGGCGUGUUGUGCUACAGGAAGCACCAAAGGUUAUGAUGAACUAGUACCACACCAGAUUUCCGUAGUAUCUGAAGAGAGGUUUUAUUCAACCUGGAAUCCACAAGCACACCUGAAUUCUGGUGAAGUUAAUUUCCAGACAGGAAUUCUAGCUGGAAGGCUAGCCAUGAACAGACUGCAUCAGGAGCUGGGAACUAAAGGCUUCAAUCAGGUGUAUGUAGAUCAAGUUGAUGAAGAUAUAGUGGCAGUGACACGACAUUGCCCUAACACCCACCAGUCUGUUGUGGCUGUAAGCAGAACUGCUUUCAGGGAUCCAAAGACUUCCUUCUACAGUAAAGAAGUACCUGAAAUGUGUAUCCCAGGAAAAAUUGAAGAAGUAGUAUUUGAGGCUAGAACUAUAGAGAAAAGCACUAGUCCUUACAAAAAAGAUGAACAUUUCAUAAAUGGAUUGCCUAAUUUCACAGUGGAGCUCAGAGAGCAUAUCCAGAUUAAGGACAGUAAAAUUAUAAAGCAAGCUGGAACUGCCAUAAAAGGGCCAAAUGAAUUUGUCCAAGAAAUAGAAUUUGAAAAUUUAACACCAGGAAGUGUAAUAGUAUUCAGAGUUAGUCUUGAUCCAAAGGCACAAGAAGCUGUUGGUAUACUUCGCAAUCAUCUGAUUCAGUUCAGUCCUCACUUUAAAUCUGGGAGUCUUCCUGAUGAUCAUUCAGCACCUAUAUUAAAAACAUUAUUUUCUUCAAUUGCAUCUAAACUAACUUUGGCCGACUUAAAUCAAGUGCUGUAUAGGUGUGAGUCAGAAGAACAAGAAGAUGGUGGAGGUUGUUACAAUAUACCAAACUGGUCACCUCUGAAGUAUGCAGGUCUCCAAGGGUUAAUGUCAGUAAUGGCAGACAUUAGACCAAAGAAUGAUUUGGGACAUCCAUUCUGUAAUAAUUUAAGAUCUGGAGACUGGAUGAUCGAUUAUGUCAGUAAUCGUCUGAUUUCACGUGCAGGAGCCUGUGCAGAAGUUGGUAAAUGGUUGAAGGCCAUGUUUGUGUAUUUGAAGAAAAUUCCACGUUACCUUAUUCCAUGUUACUUUGAUGCCAUUUUAGUGGGUGCAUACACAACUCUUCUGGAUGUGGGAUGGCAUCAGAUGUCCAGCUUUGUGCAGAAUGGAUCAACAUUUGUUAAACACCUUUCCCUGGGCUCAAUCCAGAUGUGUGGGAUAGGAAAAUAUGCAUGUCUGCCAGAUCUGUCUCCUUCCUUACAUGAUGUUCCCUAUAGGCUGAAUGAGAUUACAAAUAAGAAAGAACAGUGCUGUGUUACUUUAGCAGCUGGUUUACCUCACUUCUCUUCUGGAAUCUUCCGUUCUUGGGGAAGGGACACCUUUAUUGCACUUAGAGGCCUAAUGUUACUUACGGGACGUUAUAUAGAAGCAAGAAACAUAAUUCUAGCAUUUGGUGGGACUUUAAGACAUGGCCUCAUUCCUAACCUGCUUGGCCAAGGAACACAUGCCAGAUACAACUGCCGUGAUGCUGUGUGGUGGUGGCUUCAGUGUAUCCAGGACUACUGUAAGAUUGUUCCAAAUGGAUUAGACAUUCUCAGGUGUCCCGUUUCUAGGAUGUACCCAAGAGAUGAUUCUUCUCCUCAGCCUGCAGGCACUGUGGAUCAGCCACUCUAUGAAGUAAUACAGGAGGCAAUGCAACGACACAUGGAAGGCAUAAGUUUCAGAGAAAGAAACGCUGGUCCACAAAUAGAUCAAAACAUGAGAGAUGAAGGUUUUAAUAUAAUAGCAGGUGUUGACCGGGAAACUGGCUUUGUCUUCGGAGGGAACCGCUUCAAUUGCGGCACUUGGAUGGAUAAAAUGGGAGAGAGCGACAGAGCUCGCAACAAAGGAAUCCCUGCUACUCCAAGAGAUGGCUCUGCUGUGGAGAUUGUUGGCUUGUGCAAGUCGGCUGUUCGCUGGUUGCUGGAUUUGUCUAGGAAAAAUGAAUAUCCGUUCCAUGGCGUCACCAUUAAAAAAUACGGAAGGGAGGAGACCAUCACAUAUGAUGAAUGGAACAGAAAAAUUCAAGGACACUUUGAAAGACUCUUCUUUGUCUCUGAGAACCCUGCAGAUCAAAAUGAAAAACAUCCAAAUCUAGUUCACAAACGUGGGAUUUAUAAAGACAGCUAUGGAGCUUCAAGUCCAUGGUGUGAUUACCAACUCAGGCCAAAUUUUACCAUAGCAAUGGUCGUGGCCCCUGAGUUGUUCACACCUGAGAGAGCUUGGAAAGCUCUGAGGAUAGCAGAGGAAAAACUACUUGGUCCAUUGGGCAUGAAAACUUUAGAUCCAGAUGAUAUGGUGUACUGCGGAGUAUAUGAUAAUGCUCUUGACAAUGACAACUAUAAUGUAGCCAGAGGUUUUAAUUACCACCAAGGGCCUGAAUGGGUGUGGCCUAUUGGAUAUUUUCUUCGUGCCAAAUUGUACUUCUCAAAGUUGAUUGGUCCAGAGAUAUAUGCAAAAACUGUGGUUAUGAUAAAGAACGUCCUUUCUCGCCACUAUGUUCACCUUGAAAGAUCAUCCUGGAAAGGGCUCCCAGAACUGACCAAUGAAAAUGGGCAGUAUUGUCCUUUUAGCUGUGAAACUCAGGCCUGGUCGAUUAGUGUUAUCCUUGAAAUUCUUUAUGACUUGUAGAAGUUUAUUUUGAUUGAUUUUUUUUUUAUUUUUUUUUUCAUGAAACUUCUGUGGUCUUCUCAUCACGGGGCAUAAAUGAACAUUUUGCUUACAUAGCAACAGAAAUGUCCUGCUUGCACUAUCACUUAAACUGCAUCUGGACUAAAAAAAAUGCUGAUAGUUACUGGCUCCUAUGCUGACUAAUUAUGUGGGGCUUGUUUCUCUUUAGAAAAUAAGGCCAUGACAAUAAAGUAAAACUGCCAUGCACAUUUGCUGCAGAAAGUUCUAGUAAGGAGCAAUUUUAAGAAUAUGCACAAAGUUACUUUAGGUAGCUAUGAUUUUUAGACUUGUCAAAUCAAAAUCUUACACGUAGCAAACUGGAGUGGUUCUUUACUGAGCUGAAUGUAUGAGGAAGAGUGCUCAUGUUUUGGUUUUGUUUUUUUUCUUUGUCUGUUUAAGAUUAAAUGGAUGAUUGCAAAUGCACGCUUAAAGACGAACCUUUCUGGUAUGCAUUGAGCUACAGCACCGUACAUUGAUAAAGACAGACUACUUUGUUUGUUCAACUGCAUUAGGGAUGGGCUUUUUGUACGUGUUCAGUUGAACGCUCCAUCGUGCAACUACAGAAAGAAGUUUACAUAUGUGAACCUUUGCAGUUGAAUAUAUAUUUUAAAAAUCUUAAACUACUCUUGAGUUAACUCUUGAGCAGUGAUGAGGUAUCCUGUGAUAAUCCACUGAUAAAUUGAUUUAUAUGCUGUGGGCCAAGCAGCAAACAUUUCAACAUUUCUUAAUUUAAAUCUGUUUUUCACUAUAAGAACGUAAGAAACACGCAUGUGCAUGAAAUGCACUGCCUGCAUGUCGAAGAUGGCUAUAUAUCUUCUGUUACUGAAGAUACAUGGUCACUUCAGCCCUUGAUUCUUAGUAAAACCCUGGCGUUGAAGCAAGUGGAGUUAAGGUCAGUAGGAAAAGAUAGUAACCUAUCCCUGGAGAAAAUUAGGUUUCUAGACCUCUUUAAAUGUCACCAGUAAGAAUAAGCAAGCUAACUGUAUGUAGUUGUUCACUAUAAGCUAUUCUCAAACAAGUUGCAACACACAUACGUUAUUAAUUAUUUUGACACCCUUACUGACUUCUGUUUGUUGUUCCCAGUCUGACGGGGUGUCUGGCAGAAGUGCAGCAGAAAUUACCGUCUCUCUGGUGAUUAAUGACAAAAACAGGCAGAAGGUUACACCGCUUCUUUUAUGAUAAAGGGAAAGAGCAAAAUUGAUGAUGUAUUUCUUGCUGUUGAACAACAUUCUGAAAAUAAAAUAUACACAGGAUGUAAUUGAAACAAACUAUUAUAGGAAAAUAUUUUAUCCGUGUUUUAAGUUUGUUUAUGCUGUCUGAAGUAGAGUACAGGUGUGCUGCCUUCAUCAGGGAGAUGUUCCAGAUGGAUUUAAGGGCAAGUUAGACUGAAGACAAAUGAACUGUAAGAGCUGGCUAUAUUUGCACUUUGAAAGGUUAAUAAACUUAUGAACUCCCUUGCCAAA